AACCGGCAGAACUACAGAAGGACCAAAAGACUGCCGGAGUAAAGCUUUAAGCCGUUUGUCUUUCAGUAAUGAAGUUUGGUGCGUGUUUCUCCUGCGCCGGGACACAAAAGGAUUAUUCCACCUGUGCGAUCAUCUCUUGACGACCUGUUCUGAUAUUCAUCUAGUGCAGCAGCUCCUGUUGGAGAAAACUGUGGAUCUUGAUUCCAGUGGGCACUCUACCUCUUAACAUCAUCAUACCACCAACAUGAGCGAUGACCGGGAGGGACACAGGCCCGACAGCCACGGGGCCAGACAGGCCCCCAACGUCAAACCCAAGCUCAGCCAGCAGGGGAGCAACAGCAAGGAGGACAUGUGGAAGAAGGAGAAGCCUGCAAAAGUGAAGAGAUCCAGGAGCAACGACUCGGAGAGGGGCAGGAGGAGAGAACGGGACGGGCACCAGGGAGACAGGAGGCGGCGGGGGAGGAGCGAGGAGGCCCGGGGACGGGACAGGAGAGAGGGAGGGAGCAGCGGGAGGAAGGUGAAGCGCCCUGAGAACGACGUGGAGGACACUGAGUGCGCCGUGUGUUUCUGCACCUACGACAACAUCUUCAGGACCCCCAAGCUGCUGGCGUGCGGGCACACCUUCUGCCUGGAGUGCCUCGCUCGCAUCAACGUGACCGCCCCCGAGCUCAAGACGCUGUGCUGCCCCGUGUGCCGCGAGCUGACCGAUCUCCCCCACGGCCGGGACCUGCCCCACCUGGGCAACAACGAGGACAUCAUAGGCAAACUCCCACCGGACAUGCAGAGGGCGCUGUCCAUCCGGUUCAAGCGCAGCAAGGGCAAGCUGCUCCUGAAGAACCCUCCUCCCAGCAGCCCGACCAAGUCCAACGUCCUCAGCCUGCCCAAGAAGAGCCAGAGCGGUCCGGGGACAGCAGGAGAGGACCUCCACCUGAGCGCACUGGAGCAGGGAAUAGCCCCAACCACUGUGGUGGACGUAGGCAGGCCUCCAAACAGGGUCAGAGGUCGCCUGCGCAGGCUUUUCCGCUCGGACCAGUGCUACUACACCGUGGUGGGGUCCAUCAUCACCAUCACGGUGGCCCUCAUGCUGGUGGGGAUUCUGGCCUUUGUGAUCAUACCCAAUGUUGUCCUUUACCAGAGGCCCGGUCAGGGAGGGAACCAUACGACACACGAUCCCCCAGGGGACUAGAAAACCAGAAAGGGGGGACAGGGGGAGGACUUGAUGUGAUUUUCAGUGAUCCUUUUGCCUCAUUGUGUGUUUUCGGUGAAGGUGAAAGCUGCUCACUGUGACACAUUCCUACUGGUUCACAUGUGGUGAAGAAAUGAAGGAAACAAGGGCGGCAACAUUAUUUAGACCGACGACACACAGGCUCGAAGCUGCACAUAUGGGUUAUAAACACAGCAAACAGGAACAACUUGUCUGUUUGUAUUUUUUUUUUUGCUCUUUUCUGAACCUGUUUGUCGUUACUGUAAAAGCCAGAAAAAACUGUACGUGUGAAGAACCUGUCCACAAUGAUUAAUAAGCUUUAAAUGAAGAAAUGCACUAAACUCUUGUGUAUAUUUUGAGUGCAUCAGGCUGAUUUCACGAAUCAGUUCAGAGUUUCUAGGGACUACGUCCUUGUACAUAGCCAUAGUUGAUUUAUAUAUUUGUAUAUAAGUAUU